CACCAACAAGAAUUAAUAGAUAACAAUGAUGAUGGUCAAGUGCAAAUUUUGGAGAAUGGCGAGAUAUGGUCUGCAGAGGAUUUUCGGGAAUUAAAAGACGUUGAAAAGAGGUUUGAGUUGGUCUGGAAAGAAGAUGCGUUAAAAAAUAAAAGAGUCUACUAUGAUUCUACAUCAAGAACAACUCAAUGGCGUAAACGAAAAGCAGAAGAAGAAUUAAAAAGACAUGUACAUUCGUUCGCAAAAAUUGACACCUUUUUUCAACCAUUAACAUUAACAUCAUCAGCGUUGGUAUCAACAUCAGCAUUUACAUCUUUAUUACCAUCAUCUUUCUUUCCUGACUUGCAAGCAUGUUUAGAAGAUCUGAGCAAUUGUUGCAAAAUUCUUAAGUCAAACAAGUUUUAUGACACAUAUGAUGAAAAGAAAAAAGAUGUAUUUUAUGAUGGACAUGAACGCUCAGAUGUUGUUCAGUAUAGGAAAGAAUGGUUAAAGAGAAUGUUUAAUUAUAAACAGCUUAUGAAAGAUUAUAAUGGUGAAAUGUUGGAUGAAAUUAUUGAACCACAACUUCAGCCUGAUGUAGAUGAGAAAGAACAUGUCAUAGUUACACAUGAUGAAAGCCAUUUUUAUGCCAAUGAAGGGCAAAGAAAAUUAUGGAUACAAGACAAAGAAGAUGUUCUGAGACCAAAGUAUCAAGGUCGUUCUAUUAUGGUGUCUGACUUUCUUUGUGCUUGUCAUGGCUCUUUGCAAUUAACUGAUGAACAGUUGGAGGCUAAUCCACAUGUUAAAUUCAAGGAUGUGCGUGUUUUACGAUCAAUUCAAGCAGAUGGGUAUUGGAAAGCAGAACAUAUGAUUGAACAGUUAAUAAAUAGAGCAAUUCCCAUCUUCGAAAUAAUCCAUCCUGGAUGUAUUGGAGUCUUUUGUUUUGAUCAGUCAACUAAUCACAAUGCAAUGGCAGAAGAUGCUCUUGUAGUUACAAGAUUGAAUUUAGGUCCAGGAAAAAAGCAAGCAAAGUUGCGUGAUGGAAAACCAAAAGGAAUCCAAACAGUAUUAACUGAGCGUGGAUUGUGGCCAGCAGAAAGAAUUAGACUUGUCUGUACUCAAUGUUCUGAGCAGAAGUCAGCAUUAGAAGAAGUAAUAAUUGCAUCCAACCAUAUAUGUGAAAAGUAUCCAAAGUUCCAUUGUGAGUGCAAUUUUAUUGAAAGAUACUGGGGAUAUGCAAAACGGGAGACAAGAAGGAGAUGUAGUUAUAAAUAUGAUGAUUUGGUAAAAGUAAUCCCAGAAGUAUUAAAUAGUAUUCCCAUUACAACAAUCCGAAAAUUUGCAAGAAAGUCAUGGAGAUAUAUGGAUGCAUAUGAUAAAGGCUUAGAAGGAAGGAUGGCUGAAUGGGCGGUAAAGAAGUAUAAAUCACAUCGUCGGUUACCAGAUAAUGUUAACGAAUUUUUUGAAUAA